AUGUUGGCUGGCCAGCUCCUUGUUGGAUGCUGCGAGAUUUACCUGGCAGACAAGGAAGACGGACGCCGGCCCGUCGAGGGAUGUCCGGCUUCAUCUACUGCAAUAUGGAACCCGGAGACUGCUAAUCCGCCGUCUAUCUCUCUGUCUAUCUCUGUCCAUCCUGUCUAUCCUGUCUAUCUAAUGGUUAUAUGUGCCUGUCAGCCAGCUCGUCUCUUCCCGGCCUGCGACUUUAAGAGAGCUUCUCAUUCUUCUUCUUCUUCAUUCUCGUUUCCGUCUUCUUCUUCUCCGUCUUCUUCUUCUUCCAGGCUGUGCGACUUUUGCGUCUUCUCGUCCUCGCUGCCCCUCUGCCCGCACGCCUCUAACUACAUCACCAACCAACUACUACACCAAACACCACAACUCCACCCAACAUCACCACAGACGGAGCUAGAAGAGAAAAGACUCAAGAGCAGAGAACAGAGAAAAAUGGCUCCUGGCAUCGACACCUCCCACCAACCUCGAGAGCGCCGGCCGUCCGUCGGGGCUCCGCAUUCAGACCUCCAGGGCCCCGUCGGACCAGGCUUCUCGCGUCCCAAGCACAAGCGGACCUUCACCGGCUUUGGGCCUAAGGACAUCAAGUCCGUCGAGGCCAGCAUCCCCGAGCCCCAGCGAGCUGCGUGA